AUGUCCCCGGUCAAACAACGCCUUCUACGCAUCGCCGUCUCGCACAAUCGCCACCCCUCCCUCAGCGAGGAGCAAUUCCAUCAAUGGGCGACCAAGGAACACUGUGCCCGAGCGGCUCGGAUCCAUUCUCGACACGGAAUCGAAGCAUAUGGAAUGCUCUUCAGUCCUGAGACCGCCCGGACCACGGUCCAGAACCUGAACCGCCAACUCGGCGGGCGCUGGAAGAUCGACGAGCAUGAUGUGACGGUCGAGUUCUACCUGCAUAGUCUCGACGAACUCACCUCCGUCUUGGAGGACCCAGAGUUCAAGGCGCUCCAGCAGGAAGAGGAACCCUACGUGAGCGGGGAGGAUAUCGUGGCGACUCUGGGCUGGGUGGAAACGUACGUCCAAGACGGCCGAGUGGUGAAUGUCGACAGCGAGGGUGUGCCCACCUAUCCCGGCUUUGGCGUGUUGGCGGAUUUUUCCAGCGAGCAGGUGAACCAGAAAUGA